AUGCACGGACUUUUGCUUGCAGGGCUGUUGGCUCUGCCCUCGAAUGUGCUCGGCCACCCUGCCGAGCCACCCAACUCUGUUAACGUAACCCACCGGCAUAUUGAUACCAGCGCCUACUUCCUCCCCCAGCUAUCCCUCUAUAACAAGAGCGAGGAUGUUGCUGAGUAUGGCGGGGACAAUAUUACAGGCUCAAGCUAUAGUGGUGGUGACCACAGUGCUAGUAACCUUAGUUCUGAAGAUUAUGUUACUGUUGCCACAAGCCUGCUGAAAGCGACCCUUCCAUAUGCCAGCUUCCGCCUUAUUGAUGAUCACUAUAUUGGUGAUAGCGGGAUUGGCCAUGUCCACUUCCGUCAGACCGUGUACGGGAUUGAUAUUGACAACACUGAUUUCAACGUUAAUGUUGGUCGUGAUGGCAAGGUCUUCUCAUAUGGAAGCUCCUUUUACGAAGGGGAGAUUCCCAAGGCCAACCCUGUGGCCAAGCGUGACUUCUCAGAUCCAGUCAAUGCUCUGAUUGGAGCUAUAAACACCUUGAACAUUCCCGUCACAGCUGCUGUCGGUGAAGUUAAGACCACCCCAAUUGAAGGUAAUUCGACAUAUAUGUUCAAGGGCACAACGGGUGCACUCACCGACCCUACGGCCCAGCUUGUUUAUCUCCAGAAGGACGGUGGCCUGCAUCUCACCUGGAGAGUUGAAACCGAUGUCGGUGAUAACUGGCUCCUCACAUAUGUUGAUGCCAAGAAGAAUGAUCAAGUCCAUGGUGUCGUUGAUUAUGUUGCAUCCGCCGAGUAUCAAGUCUACCCCUGGGGUGUCAAUGACCCUACUGAUGGAGAACGCGCCCACCUCUAUUUUCCGUGGUUCAAGACCGGGUCUAGGAAUUGGCACAUUGAUGGCCGUGGUUGGCACACGACUACCCGCGGCAAUAAUGCCAUCGCACAAGACAACCCAAGCGGCGGUUGGGAAUACGAAGACAACCACCGCCCAACGAACCCAUUAUUGAUCUUCAGAUACCCAUACACCCAGUCCAUGACUCCCCCAGCGUCGUAUAGAGAUGCUUCUAUCACCCAGCUAUUCUACACCGGCAACGUCUACCACGACCUACUCUACAUCCUCGGCUUCAACGAGAAGGCAGGGAACUUCCAGGUCAACAACUGGGGCAAGGGUGGUAAGGGCAAUGACUUUACCAUCCUUAACACUCAGGAUGGUUCUGGCGUGAAUAAUGCCAACUUUGCUACUCCUCCAGAUGGGCAGCCUGGUCGCAUGAGAAUGUAUGUUUGGGAUACUUCCACGCCAUACCGCGAUGGUUCCUUUGAGGCUGGCAUCGUUAUUCACGAAUAUACCCACGGAGUCUCCAACCGACUCACCGGCGGCCCAGCUAACUCCCGAUGCUUGUCCAGUCUUGAAUCCGGUGGCAUGGGCGAGGGCUGGAGUGAUUUCUUCGCGACUGUCGUCCACCUAAAGGAGAGAGAUACCCGUGAGUGGGCUUCAGGCCGGCAGGGUGGUAUCCGCAAGUAUCCCUAUUCUACCGAUCUGCACACGAACCCUCUCAUGUAUGUUGAUGCGGAUGGGUUGGAAUCCGUCCAUGCUAUCGGCACUAUCUGGUGUACGAUACUUAACGAGGUUCUCUGGAAUCUGAUCGAGAGGCACGGUAUGGGAAACGUCAACAAAAUCAAGCCUACUUUUAAGGAUGGCGUCCCGACCGACGGCCGCAAUCUCGCCAUGAAACUCGUCCUUGACGGAAUGGCCCUCCAACCUUGCCUCCCAAAUUUUGUCCAAGCGCGUGAUGCCAUCAUCGACGCUGACAUGAACCUCACCAAGGGCGCCAACAGGUGUGAGCUGUGGAAGGCAUUUGCUAAGCGUGGGCUCGGCGUGGGUGCUGCCUACAACCCCGAAAAGAGAGUCGGUAGCAGCAGAGUGCCUGGCGGCUGCUAA